AUGGCCCACAACCAAAGCACUCCCCUUCGCCUCCCGUCCAACUUCUCCCUCCCCCAAAUCAUCCCUCCAUCCCUCACAAACCCCUCCUCAUCCCUUCAUCCGUUCUCCUCCUCUACAUCCCCCUCCCUGUUCCUGUCCACCUCCAUCCACAUCCUGAACACCACCAACACGUCUGUUUUCGGGGGAAUCAUUGUGGGUAAUACCACCUCCACGACAGUAGGGGCUCUCAUCCUGUGUCUGGUCUUGCUGCUGGGCCUCCCCGGCAACCUCUUCAUCAUCUGGAGUAUCCUGGCGCGUGCCCGCCGCCGCUCCGUCACCACCCUCCUCAUCCUCAAUCUAGCGGUGGCCGACGGCUCGCUCAUGGCGCUCACGCCCUUCUUCGUGAUCUACCUGGUCAAGAAGACCUGGGUUUUCGGCAACAUCAUGUGCAAGAUACUCUUUUACUUGUGCCUGGCCAACAUGUACGCCUCCAUCCAACUGAUCAUGCUGAUGAGCCUGCACAGGCUGGUGGCCGUGGUGUGGCCUAAGCGCGUCGCUGCACUUGCUGGACGGAAGGCGGUACUGCGCGGGGUGCUGGUACUGUGGACCAUGGUGCUGGUCGCGUCCAUCCCUGCGUUGCUGUUCAGGGACGUGAAGAACACCGCGCACCCAAACGGGAAGAGCCGCGUAGUGUGCGAGUCGUUGCACAAGCAGCAGAGUCAUGUGGUGCUCCAGUACACGUUGGAAACAGUGCUGGGAUUUGUAGUUCCUUACGGGGUGAUUAUAGGCAGCUACAUCUGCAUCCUGCGGAGGAUCAGGCAGACAAGGUUCAGGAGGAGGAUCCGCAGUGAGAAUCUCAUCCUGGCCAUCGUGGUAACCUUCGGUGUCUUCUGGUUGCCCUACCAUGUCAUCAACAUUGUGCAGGUUGCUGCAGCACUUUCUCCAAAGGAUUCAGCUCUAAAAGCAAGGCUUGACCCUAUUUGGCAGACCAGCCGUGCGGUCACCUCAGCCCUGGCCUUCAUCAGCAGCUGUGCCAACCCUGUCCUCUACACUUUUGUUGGCAAGUCCUACAUCAGGCGGGACGGGUUUGCCUUCAUGGCCCGCUUGUUCGAGGGCACGACGCAGGACUCUGGGACAAGGAAGAGCCGACAGAACAGCCAGAAUAGCCGAGAGAGAGACGGGGAUGCAAAGGAGGUCGGACUGAAGGAAAAGGAGGGAGACCUAGAGUCGACAACCAGCUCCAAUGUCAUGAGUCCCGUCUGUGUGAAAUCUGUUAAGAAUGGCAAGCCGGGCCCGAUUCCGACUUAG